AUGGCCACACUACCCCAGCCAAGAGAGCUGCUCACCUCUCUCAUAAACUCGAUAAGCGACAUCCCCCUCUCGCAACCCCGGCCAGCCAACGACCAACCAGGUAGAGAGGAGGAACCCUUCCACCCCCUCAGAGCCGUCCCCAUCUCCCACCGCCACCUCCUCACCACCCUCCACGUCCUCUUCCCCACCCUCCUCCUCCCCGCCCUGGACCUCCUCGACCGCGGCCUCGUCACCCGCCUCGUCCUCGAGGGUGGCGGCCGUCCCACCAUCACGGAGGACCAAGACGGACCAGGACCCGGGGCCCCAAAGGGCACGUACGUCGUCCGGUCGGCGCGGUCGGCACACCCGCACCCGCACCCGCACCCGCGACGACAGCAUCAGCAGCAAACCACCACUCCGGCGGGUGCGGGGAGCGGGGCGUACGUGGCGCGCCUCGGCGCCUGGAACUGCACCUGCGCGGCGUUCGCGUUCGCGGCCUUCCCGACGACGGGGGUGAGCCGCCCUGACAGCGACGGGGGCGGGCUGGACCCGCCUAACGACGAUGGACCCCGGUGGUCGUUUGGGGGCAUGAGCUUUGACGGCAGGGUCGGCAAGGGCGAGGGCGAGGGCGAUGUACCGUGCUGCAAGCACCUGUUGGCCUGCCUGCUUGCGGAGCGGUGGCAGGCUGCGCUGGGGAGCUACAUGGUGGAGAGGAGGGUGGGGAGGGAGGAGAUGGCUGGUAUUAUUGCGGACGUGUGA